AUGAGCUCCGCGACUCAAGGAAGCAAUGGGUUUGCACGAGGUUGUCGCACCAAAAAAACAGAUAAGAAGCGUCGAAGCUGGUCGACGAGCGAACAAGAAGUCCUAUUGACUGCCUUGAAGGAGUUGGUCGCCCAAGGAUGGAAAUCCGAUAACGGAUUUCGCGCGGGAUACUUGAAAAAGUUGGAGGAGGCAAUGAAAAAGACAUUUCCUACUACCGAUGUGAAGGGCAUGCCUCACAAAAACUCCAAGACGACCACGUGGAAGAAGGACUACUAUUCUUUAUCAUUGAUGUUGUCAAAUAGUGGAGUGGGUUUCAAUGUGGAUGGCAAGCACAUGGUUGACUGCACUGACGAACAGUGGGAAGCUAUUACGAAGAAAGAUAGAAAUGCAUUAAAUAUGCGCUAUAAGAGUUGGCCUUACCUUGAUCAAUGGAGAGAGAUUUUCGGGAAAGAUAGGGCGACGGGUGAAGAAGUUGAAGACCUAAUGGAAGCGGCUCAUCAAAUGUACCACAAAAUCGAUCUUAGCCAAGAACAGAUCGACGCACCAGCCAAACCCAGAAGCCAGAGCCUGUCGUGCGCCCAUCUAGCAGGAAGAGGAAGCAAACGAGACGAGUCCGACAAACUGUUCGAGGUGUUGGCAGAAAUCGGGCACGGGACAAAGGAGAGACUCGACACAAUUGCUGGGCGAAUGGGAUAUGAUUACGAUGUAUCCGCAGCAAGAAAGCAUAUGUUCUCACAACUGACAGCUAUCCCCGGUCUGUCCCAAAAAGCAAUAUUUGAGGUGACCGACCUACUUGCCAAGGAGGUGGAACGCCUCGAUGUGUUUACCAGCCUGCCGGAUGAAGCCAAAGCAGAUUACGUCUACUACUUGCUUGACAUGAUAAACAAGUAG